AUGAUGCUCACCGGAUUGAUUGCGCCUUUUCACUUCUCAUUUACCUGGUUUGUUGCUUGUUUCUUGAAACUAACAACAAUGGCUAAGUCUUGCGUGCCACUCUCUGAGCUUGCAACUUCGAACACCCAUGGAGAAGACUCCCCCUACUUUGCUGGCUGGAAAGCUUAUGAUGAGGAGCCUUACGAUGCUGCAGAGAACCCUUCAGGGGUCAUCCAGAUGGGUUUGGCAGAAAACCAAGUAUCAUUUGAUCUAUUGGAGGAGUAUUUAGAACAGCACCCAGAGGCAACUGGCUGGGGAUGUGGCAUAUCUGGCUUCAGAGAAAACGCUUUGUUUCAAGAUUACCGUGGACUGAGAGCUUUUAGACAGGCAAUGGCAACUUUCAUGGAGAAAAUAAGAGGAGAAAGGGCAAAGUUUGAUCCUGAACGCAUCGUCCUCACCGCCGGCGCGACUGCUGCAAAUGAACUACUAACCUUUAUCUUAGCUGAUCCAGGAGACUGUUUACUGAUCCCCGCACCUUAUUAUCCCGGGUUUGACAGGGACCUAAGAUGGAGAACUGGUGCUAAUAUCAUUCCGGUCCAUUGCAACAGCUCAAAUGGAUUCCAAAUUACUACUCAAAACUUAGAAGCAGCAUUUGCUGAAGCAGUGGCCAUGGGAUUCAGAGUCAGAGGAGUGCUCAUCACAAAUCCAUCGAACCCGUUAGGCACGACGAUUUCCAGGCCUGUUCUGGAGGAAAUACUCGUCUUCGCGGCGCGCAACGACAUACAUUUGAUAUCAGAUGAGAUCUACUCUGGCUCUGUUUUUUCCCCUGAUGAAUUUGUUAGCAUGGCAGAGAUCGUGGAAGAGCGCGGAUACAAGGACUGUGAGAGGGUGCACGUAGUGUACAGCCUCUCCAAGGAUCUUGGCCUUCCAGGGUUUAGGGUCGGAGCCAUUUAUUCCUACAAUGAUCGAGUGGUGACAACUGCCAGGAAGAUGUCCAGCUUCACUCUGGUCUCGUCUCAGACCCAGAAGAUGCUGGCUUCCAUGCUCUCCGAUAGAGUCUUCGUUGAGAAUUACCUGGAAACGAACAGGAAGAGGCUUAAGGAGAGGCAUGAUUACAUUGUCGAAGGGCUAAAGGAUGCUGGCAUCGAGUGCUUGCGAGGGAAUGCUGGGCUCUUUUGUUGGAUGAAUCUGGCUCCGUUGCUGAAAGAGACCACGAGAGAAGGAGAGCUAGAGCUGUGGAAAUUGAUACUGCAAGAGGUGAAACUCAACAUCUCUCCAGGCUCCUCAUGUCACUGCUCGGAAGCAGGAUGGUUUAGGGUAUGCUUUGCGAAUAUGAGCCAGAGAACACUGGAAGUUGCCCUGAGGCGAAUGAGAAAUUUCAUGGAUGGGCCCACCCCUAUACGCCGUAUCACAAGUCUUCCCUUCAAGGCUGAAAUGGCGCUGAAGCAGAAAGCCUACUCAGACUUGGAGAGCCAGGCUCAUUUACAGAUUUAUCUGAAAAACAAACACGAAGAUGCCCUAUCUCUCCUCCAAGAAGAGGCCCGUAUCAAAGACGAGACCAUAGCUCAUCAACAGACAUUGAUUAAUCUUAUGAAGGCUGAGUUGGCCAAGACCAGACCCCCUUCCGGAUAG